CCAAACAAAAACAACCCCUAAAUUAAAAACCCUAAACCAAAUUCCCCUCAUCACUUUCCAAAACCCCCAAACCCUCAAAACCCUUCCUUCUUCUUCUUCUUCUUCUUCCAUCUGGGUCCUCUCUGAAAUGCUCAGAAGUGAUGCAGAAGCUGCUUCGCAUAAGCCCAUCAGGCCCCAUUCUCUGCACCCACGUUAACAAGCCUCCUCCCCCUUCUUCUUCUACUCUCUCCUCUCUCGCCCAAGCUCUCAAGCACUCUGCUUCCCCUAUGCACACUGCAGCUUCCGCCUUUCGCGGCGGCUCAGCCCUCGCCGCCGCCGCCUACAACAAACCCACCUCCGGCAACAGCAUCCCAUCUUCUUCUCGUUUCAGCUGCACCCUCUGCCGCUGCUCCUCCAACAAGGCCCCCCUCCGGGCAUGGCCUGUGCUCAAAGACGCCGCCUUUUCUGGGUACCGGCCGGCGUGGCUUCACUCCGGCUCCGAUGGGUCCUUCUCCGUCUCCGCCGCCGUGGAGGCUUCCAAGGGUUUGGAAGCUGAGAAGAGCUUGGAAAAUGACGGUGGUGGAGAUAAGGGUUUGGAGGAUGGAGAGGUUGAAAAGAGCUCUGAGGAGAAGGUGAGCAAGUUUAGUAGUAGUACAAGGAGGCAGAGAGCUUCCGGUGGCGGCGGGUCAGUGGUGGCCGGAAACCCGGAUUUGUUGGCUAUUCCGGGAGUGGGGCCCAGGAACUUGAGGAAGCUGGUGGAGAAGGGUAUUGGUGGAGUUGCUGAGCUCAAGCAGUUGUACAGAGAUAAGUUCUUUGGAAAAUCAAAUGAGAGGAUGGUUGAGUACUUGCAAAGUUCGGUGGGAAUCAUCCACAAAAACCAUGCUGAGAGUAUCACGAGUUAUAUUAAAGAGAGUGUUGAUGAGGAGUUGAAGGAUGAUAGUUCCAGCUCAGGAGGGAAGCCAGCCCAGAAGAAACGACUUACUUUCUGCGUUGAGGGAAACAUCAGUGUGGGAAAGUCAACCUUUCUGAAGGAGAUAGCAAACACUACGCUUGAGCUACAAGAUCUUGUUGAGGUGGUUCAAGAACCUAUUGACAAGUGGCAGAAUAUUGGACCUGACCAUUUUAACAUAUUGAAUGCUUUCUAUGCUGAGCCACAACGGUAUGCCUAUACCUUCCAGAAUUAUGUUUUCGUUACAAGAGUGAUGCAAGAGAGAGAAUCCUCCGGUAGUAUCAAGCCCCUGAGGUUGAUGGAAAGGAGUGUUUUCAGUGACAGGAUGGUUUUUGUACGAGCUGUCCAUGAAGCUAAGUGGAUGAAUGAGAUGGAGAUCAGCAUAUAUGACUCCUGGUUUGACCCUGUUGUAUCAAGCUUGCCUGGGCUUAUUCCUGAUGGUUUCAUAUAUCUUAGAGCAAGUCCCGAUACUUGUCACAAAAGAAUGAUGAAACGCCACAGAGCAGAAGAAGGUGGAGUGAGCCUAGAGUAUCUCCGGGACUUGCAUGAAAAACAUGAAAGUUGGCUUUUCCCCUCCGAAAGCGGCAAUCAUGGGGUAUUGUCAGUCAGUCAGGUUCCUUUACAUAUGGAUACCUCUUUACCUCCUGAAAUUAGGGAUCGUGUGUUCUAUUUGGAGGGUAACCAUAUGCAUUCAAGUAUUCAAAAGGUUCCUGCUUUAGUUCUUGACUGUGAGCCGAACAUUGAUUUCAAGAAAGAUGUCGAAGCAAAGAGGCAGUAUGCACGUCAAGUAUCAGAGUUCUUUGAAUUUGUGAAGAAAAAACAAGACAUUCCAUCUGCAAAAGGUAGUGAAGAAGGUAAGAGGACUAGCCAGCCACAAAUAUUGCUGCCUCAAAAUGAAUUAUGGUCUCCUGAUGCGCCUUUCCCCGAGUCAGCCCUCAAAUCUUUGGACUUCCGACGAGCUAUGUCCAUGAUGUCUGGCUAGUGCAUCCAAUUACUCUGGUUUUGUUUUUUUAUCCUUUAAGCCUAGAUACAUGUCAUGACUCUCGAGUCAUUUCAUUUUGUUUCAAUUGUAUCUGGGCGAUGAUGUGUCUAAAUCUUGUGUAUGUAAAAAAAGUUUCUAACCCCUAGAGAUGAUGGUAGAGCAAGUUGUAAGAUUGUUGAAGAUUCUGAACUCUGUGCUUUUGUUUCUGUGAAGCUGUUUUUCAAUUGAAUGUAUUCACUUUCAUCUGCAGUG